UCAGAGAGAACGACGUGUUAAAUAUACUUUGGAAGAAAGAAGAUUUUGUUCUCUUGUUUUCCUCACCCAACCGAAAUUUCCAACAGGUUACGGGCCUAGCACGCUUCCGCUGCGCUAACUAAUUACCUUUUUCUUUGCGAGCGAUAUAAGUAGGCAAAGAAAGGGGAAAGAAGAGCGAGGCUUAAGAAAAUUCUAGAAGGCCACGAGGCCGCUGAAACCGAGGAAAACUGCGAUUUAGAAAUAGAAAUUGUCUCAACGGAUGGAGAAAAACGAUAUUUUCGUAAUGGCGGAAGAUAAUAUGGCAGAUAGCGAGCAAAACCGAGAGGACGGCGACGGUUCACAAAAACCAAAAGGUCAAGUGACUACUGCGGCUAUUAUGGAAAACUUCGAAGCUCAAGCCUCAGAUGAGAUUCACGAACACGGUCAGAACUCAGGAAAAGAGGAUUCCAGUAAACUAACACAAAAAUAUAUAGCCCUACAGGACAUGCUGAAUCGAACAAUCCAGAUGCAACAAGAAGCUAAAACUGAGUUUGGAAAAUUAUUGAAAGCUAAACAGGUGGAAACGACUAGUGAGAAAGCAGUUAAAAGAAUCGACCAAUCAAAGCCGCGAAUAACGUCAAUUGUCAAUAUGCCAGCGGUAAACUCUUCAACACCCGAAUUUCGAAAUUCAGUAGUUUCAGAAGAUAUGAUUAGAAACAUUUUCCGUAAAGAACUAAACAAACUAAACUUAGACACAAACAUUCCGAAAAAUUGUGCUCAGGAAAAGGAACAAACCACGCAGGCUAACAAUUCGAAUAUGGCUGAUCAAAUAAAAGAAGCUAUUUGAAUCGAGGUUGUCAAUAAAAACAAUAGCACGAAAAGAGAUUACAAGCUAGGUCCCCAAGUGAAGUUUGAACACUUUUAUGAAUUUUUCAAGUCAGAAUUGCGUA